AUCGCUGUCAUGUGAGUAGAAUCUUGAGCGAAUUACUUCCAAAUCGACAAAGUCCAGCUCAGCUCAAUCAAUCAGGCGAAUACUCGUUCUAUCUCUGUAGUAUUAUCAUUUAAAAACAGAGUAACUCAUUGUACUAUUGGAAUUCUGUUGGCUGUCACAGAAGAAUAUGUCUUCGGAUUGGGUGCGGGAGAGCGUUCUGCCCUGGUAUCACCGUGCAAUUAUCAAGGUUCUACAAGCUGGACCGAUUCCACAGCAUGUUGCAUUUAUCAUGGACGGAAAUCGCCGUUUCGCUCGGAAGGAAAAUAUUGCCAAAGCCGAGGGCCAUUCGAAGGGGUUCGAUAAACUGUCCGAGACACUGCAAUGGUGUCUUGAUAUUGGCAUACGGGAGGUCACAGUUUAUGCCUUCAGUAUAGAAAAUUUCAAACGCAGUCAAGAGGAAGUUGAUACUCUAAUGAGCUUAGCUAGGGACAAAUUUCAUAAGCUAGCUCAUGAAAGGGACAAACUUCAGCAGCGUGGUAUACGAAUUCGGGUGCUUGGGAAUUUGAAGCUACUACCGGUGGAUAUUCAACAGGCUGUUAACGAUGCUGUUGUAUCGACCGAAAAGAACGACAAGGCAUUCCUAAACGUAGCAUUUGCGUACACCUCACGGGAUGAAAUGGCAAAUUCUAUUCGAAUCGUAGCGGAAGGUAUUUCCGAAGGUAAACUUCGGGAGGAUGAUAUCGAUGCGAAUCUACUCGGCAGUUGUAUGUACAGCAAGGAAUGCUCAGAGCCGGAUUUAUUAGUACGAACCUCAGGUGAAGUGCGUCUCAGCGAUUUCCUGCUGUGGCAAUCUAGUUCCACGGUUAUCUACUUCACCAAAACUCUUUGGCCGGAUUUCAGCAUCUGGCAUCUUUUUGGAGCUGUUUUCUAUUAUCAACGAUGUCAUUGGCAAAUGGAAGACAUCAGAAAGGGCUUGCUAGAGCGACUCGAGCGGCACGAUAGUGUUGAUGACGAACGGAACUGUGAGAAACAAUCGCGGGUGAAGGAUUUUUUAAGAGGCUUGGAUCGUUUGUAUCGGGAAGAGAUUGCUAAAUGUGAACAUAAGGCUUUAAAAUAAAAAUUGUAGAAGUGCAAA